GGCGCGUGGCAGUGACGCGGCGGUGAGGGACGCGGGAAACGCCGCUCUUUCUGCGGGUGAAGCCUGGGCCCCGGGUCCCUGGCCGGCCGCGCCCUCAGACUCCCCUCGCGGCCUCGAGGCGGCGGGCUGCACCCACGUCCGGCCGCAGCCUCUCGGGGUUCUGUCGUCGGGGCGGGGCCCCCGAGAGCGUGUGUAAAGCCGGGCACGUCCGCUACCCGAGUGCGUGUUUCGUCCCUCGGAUCUGUCAGGGUUCUGAGGGCCGCUGACGGUUGAGGACCGAGUUGGAAGGACUCCACGCUGGCGCUCUGCGGCCUGUUGUGGGGACGCGGUGUGGAGGUGGGCCCGGCCGCGCGGGCCGCCCCGGGCAGGGCGCCUUUUCUCGGGUAGAGCCCCUGGGGGACCCUCCUAUAAAACACAGGUGUGGCGCCGCAGGAUUUCGGUUAGAAGGCGGCCUGGCUCUUCUUCCGCGUCUUUCGGUGACUGCAGUGAGCCCUGGCGAGACGUUUUCGCAGACACUGAGGGCCCCGAGCUGAGAAGAGGGGGUCAUGGGCAGCAUCACUCAGCUGUUCGAGGACCUGUGCGAGGCCCACCUGCCCGCUGUGAGGGCUCACCUGGGCCGGCGCAGCGUCAGUCGGAAGGGGGCAAAGCAGAGCCUCAAGAGGGUGGCCUACAAUGCUCUUUUCACAAAUCUCUUUCAAGAUGAGCGUUUUAAGCUGCAGCCUGAUAUUUCCAAACUCCCGGUGAAAAACAGGAUCCUCAUGCUUUCCUUCGACUUGAGAGUGGCUGGCCUGGGCCCUGAGGCUGACCGGCUGGAGGAGCUUGUGGAGGGGCUCGAAGCAGCCACCUGCUGUCCGCUCGCAGAAGUCGGGUCUGUUUUGGAUCUCCUGGUUCAGCUUGCGGGGAGCGGUCCCCCUCAGGUCCUGCCACGAAAGCGGGACUACUGGUUGAACAACAAGCAUGUUGGGAGAAAUGUCCCAUACAGCGGCUAUGACUGCUACGAUCUGCACGUGUUUGAGAUGGACGUUCGGUCCUCGGUCUGCAGAGAGGAGUACCUGUGUCAAGACGUGAUUCAAAAAACACUUCAGGUGAUGGAGGCUGCACCAGGCACUGGCCUGCCCUCCUUUGGGCUGUUCUCGUAUGGCGACUCUUGUGCUGAUAAGUUUGAGAGAGACACCCGGGUCUCGCUCUUUGGUGCCCUUGUGCAUAGCCGCACCUACGACAUGGACGUCCGGCUGGACCUCCCCCCGGUUCCGGACAGUGCGGACCUGUCUGGACUGGCCAUUAAAGUAGAGUAUCUCCUUCCUGCCUUCAGCUCUCGAUCGAUCAUUGAUGUUCCUUUAACUAGGAUGCAGGUUCCUCAGAGCACGGAUCAGUCAGAAGAUGAAGGAUUCCAGUCUGCAUCUAAUUUGACUCCUGACUCGCAGUCUGAGCUGAGUGUGACCCCGGACCUUGACUUGUGGGAUGCCGUGCUCACCUAUGAGGCCAGCAAGCGGAGGUGCUGGGAGCGAGUUGGCUGCCCCCCUGGCCAUCGAGAGGAGCCCUACCUCACCGAGGCUGGCAGAGACACCUUCGACAGGUUCUGCAGACUCCACGAAGGGGACCUGCAGGGGCUUGGCGGGGGCCUCCUGCCGGCCCCGCAGCUCGUCCUAGUGGAGGAGGGUGAGCUGGUGAAGGAUGCACUCAACGUUCUCAUUGGGGUUGUGUCUGCCACGUUUCCCCUCUGCCAGCUGGCGCAGGCCUUCGUGGUGAAGCCGGGAGUCUUUGUGUCGGGAGCAUCUCCUGAGAGCGUGAGCAGCCUGCUGUCCGAGGUGGCCGCGUGUGGGACGUGCUACUCCCGCCUCAGCCAGUUCUCCCUGCAGCCUGCGCUGGGCUCCGCGCCCGGCCGGGGCCUCGUCUUCCAGGCCUUCACCAGCGGCCUGCGGCGCUACCUGCAGUACCACCGGGCGUGCGUCCUCUCCACGCCCCCCACCCUGAGCCUCCUGACCAUCGGCUUCCUCUUCAGGAAGCUGGGCCGGCAGCUCCGGUACCUGGCCGAGCUCUGCGGUGUUGGCACCAUGCCCCCAGGGAGCAGUGGAGGGCCCAGGGCUGCGUUCCCAACCGGGGUGAAGCUGCUCUCCUACCUCUACCAGGAGGCCCUGGACAACUGCAGCAACGAGCACUACCCCGUCCUCCUGUCCCUGCUCAAGACCAGCUGCGAGCCCUACACCAGGUUCAUCCACGACUGGGUGUACAGCGGGCUCUUCAGGGACACCCACGGCGAGUUCAUGAUCCAGGUGAACCACGAGUAUCUCGGCUUCAGAGAUAAGUUUUACUGGACCCACGGCUACGUGCUGAUCUCCAAAGAGGUGGAGGACUGCGUGCCCGUGUUCCUGAAGCACAUCGCCAACGACGUGUACGUCUGCGGGAAGACCCUCAACCUGCUGAAGCUCUGCUGCCCCCAGCAUUACCUGUGCUGGUCGGACAUCCCCGUUCCCCGGAUUUCGGUGACUUUCUCCCUCGAGGAACUGAAGGAGAUCGAGAAGGACUGUGCCGUGUACGUCGGGCGGAUGGAGAGGGCGGCACGUCUCAGCUCCGUCAGCAGGGAGGAGAAGGAGCUCCACACGGAAAUUGUGAAACAAGAACUGGUCAUCCAUGCCCGAGAAGCAGCUUCCCGGGCUCUGGGCUCCCUGAGUGCUUGGCAGCUCUCGGAACGGAUGGCCGCAGAUGCCCAGAAGCAGGAGCAGUUUCGAAGGCUGAAGGACCAGUUUGUGAGGGACCAGGAGCGUCGCCUGGCAGCCAAGCAGGACACCGAUGAUGACUUCAGCUAUGCCCGUGAGCGCCGCGAGAGGGAGAGGAGGCUGGCGGCCUUGGAGGAUGAGCUGGAGAGGCAGGCAAGGCAGGCUCUGGUCGACCACUACAGCAAGCUGUCCGCAGAGGCCACCCGUCGCGAGCAGAGGGCACUGUGGAAAACCCAGAGGCACAGACUGGGCAGCGCACGCCUGCGGUUUCUCUCGGAAGAGCAGAGGCGCCUUCAGGAGAUGCUGCAGGCCGCCCCCAAGGCGGAGAGCCAGCAGCCGCUGGACGCCCCCCUGGGGACACGUGCCGAGAGCCAGCCUGGGGCAUCACACGCCCAGCCCUCACCGCUGGGCCCAGAACAGCCGGCUGCCUGGGACAGCCCCAGCGGACCAGGGCCGCAGCCUCGGGCCUCUCCUGCAGCAGCAGACCUCGGCACGCGGGACUUCCUGCCCAUGCCCACGGGGUGUGCCGCAGCCUCGCUCCCGGGGGAGGCGCUGUGUGCCGUCAGCGCAGACCUGCCUUCCUCGGCCUCGUGCGCGCAGGCCUGCCAGGCUCCCGAGUACGACUUCAGCACUGUCCUGAGGCUGGCCGUGCCCGCCCCAGCCUCGCCAGGACCCCAGGCUGUGGAGCGUGGCCUGGGCAGCGAGGGGCAGCAGCUGCUGGGGAUCGCAGACCUGGUUCCAUGUGUCCCUGACUCACAGGCGGCUCUGCCUCAUCGGCGCUUGCUUGGGCACACAUCUUCCGAGGAGGGGGACGGCCGGCUGCCGGGGAUGCUGCUCCCCUGCGCGUCAGGAAGUAGCCAUCCCACAGGCGGCUGUGCAGAUGCACUGCACUCCCGGCCCCGGUGGAACGUCCACGGGCACGUGUCUGAGUCCAGCAUCAGGGCUGGGGAGAACGUGUCGGAUGUGGCUCCCCGCCGGCCCCGGUGGAACAUCCAUGGGCACGUGUCUGAGUCCAGCAUCAGGGUUGGGGAGAACGUGUCGGACGUGGCUCCCCGCCGGCCUUGGUGGAACGUCCAUGGGCACGUGUCUGAGUGCAGCUUUGGGGUUGGGGAGAACGUGUUGGCCAUGGCCUCUGCCCGGCCCCGGUGGGACGUCAGGGAACACGCCUCCCGGCCCUGCAUGACACUGGGGACGCUCUCAGGGGAAGCUGGGCCUGAGGUGUUCAGGCUCCCUCAGAGCCCCCCUGGCUCCAUGGCCCAGUCAGGCCCCAGCCUGGGGGCACAGGGCUCCCCCCUGGGAGACGAGCCACAGCCUCAGGCGGACACAGCUCCGGCAGCCCCCAGCAUCGGGGAGGAACGCGGCCUCCAGGGCUCAGUGUCUUCUGUGGCCAGGCCUGGUGCUCUAGGGGACAGAGGCCCCAGAGAGCCUCAUUCCGAGGACAAACCAGGCCCAGGGAGUGGAGACAACCAGGACUUCUCUCCAAGCCGACCGCCAAGCUCACAGGAAGGUGAGGCUGGAGAGACGGCCUGGCGCUGGAGCUCGGAGCAGGCCUACCUGGAGGGGCUGGCAGCCCGCUACUGCCCGGAGCAGUACCCGGACAGCUACGAGGCCCUGUCAGCAGAGCCCCCCGUUGCCCACCUGCUGCACCAUGUGCCCCCCUGGCCCUUCUCGUUGCCCGUGGACCCCCGCGUGGAGGCGGCUGUGGGAGAGGCCGCGGUGCAGCUGAGUGAGCUGCUGACACUGCCCGUGCUCAUGAAGCAGUCCAUCACGGCGCCGCUGGCCGCCCACAUGUCCUUGGUGAACAAAGCCGUGGUUGACUACUUCUUCGUGGAGCUCCGCCUGGAGAUGCACUUCGAGGCGCUGAGGCACUUCCUGCUGAUGGAGGACGGGGAGUUCGCACAGUCGCUCAGUGACCUGUUGUUUGAGAAGCUGGGGGCUGGGCAGACACCUGGGGAGCUCCUCAACCCCCUGGCCCUCAACUCGGUGUUGGCCAAGGCCCUGCAGCACAGCCUGCACGGGGACAGCCCGCUGGCCGCCGGCCUCUCCUUCGCCCUCAAGCACCUGCCUGAGGCCUUCGCUCCCAACGCCCCUGAUGUGCUGAGCUGCCUGGAGCUCAGGUACAAGGUCGACUGGCCGCUCAACAUCGUCAUCACCGAGCGCUGCCUGAGCAAGUACAGCGGCAUCUUCUCCUUCCUGCUGCAGCUGAAGCUCAUGACGUGGACGCUCAAGGACGUCUGCUUCCACCUCAAGCGCACAGCGCUGCUGAGCCGCACGUCCAGCUCCGUCCAGUUCCGCCAGCUGCAGCUGUGCAAGCACGAGAUGCAGCACUUCGUGAAGGUCAUCCAGGGCUACCUCGCCACGCAGAUCCUGCACGUCUCCUGGUGCGAGUUCAGGAACAAGCUGGCGGCCGUGGGCAACCUGGAGGAGCUGCACCGGGCUCAUGCUGAGUACCUGAGCAAGGCCGUCUUCAGGGGCCUCCUGACAGAGAAGGCGGCGCCCGUCAUGAACGUCAUCCACAGCGUCUUCAGCCUCAUCCUCAAGUUCCGGAGCCAGCUCAUCUCCCAGGCCUGGGGCCCAGCCACCGGCCCCCGGGGAGCCGAGCACCCCAACUUCGCCCUUAUGCAGCAGUCCUACAACACCUUCAAGUACUACUCCCACUUCCUCUUCAAAGUGGUCACCAAGCUGGUGAACCGCGGCUACCAGCCCCACCUGGAGGACUUCCUGCUGCGCAUCAACUUCAACAACUACUACCAGGACGCCUGAGACAGCAGACGGUGCCCCAGGAGAGCUGCUGGGUUACUGGGAGCCCUGACACCCGAUGCCGGGAAACUAAACACGCGGAGACACGGCUGUGGAGCUGCAGGUUUACUGGAUGUGGGGCGGGGGCUGUGCUGCCACACGGGCUCAGACCAGGACGGGUCAGGGCCUGACUGGACGUGCUGGCUGUCAUCAGGUGGCAGCGGGGUGUGGGGCGCAGGGCAGCCUGGGGCAUCUCGGGGGAGCCCCCAGGCUUUAGGAGGAUCAAGUGACUCUCAGGCUGGCCGCCCAGAGUGGGGGCUUGCUGCUGUAGGAGGGCCGCUGGCCGCCCGUCCCCGCAGCUGCCUCCCCGGUGCCCUCCGGCCCCAUGGCCUCAGUCUCCUGGUGGUAAGGGGCCUCCAGCAGCUUCAGCACCCGCCGGACCUGCGGAAGAGAGGCAGUGAGGGGGGCCCCCGCGUUCAUCCCCCUGCAGGCGGUGGGAGGGGCUCUGCUUGCCUCUGAAAAGUCUCCGUUCUCGGCUGCCUCGAUGGCGUUCUGGGCGAUGUAGUUCCGCAGCACGUGCUUGGGGUUGUUGGCAAGCAUGACCCGCAAGCGCUCAGCCUGCCAGCCAGCCACGUCCUCCGUGCUCUCUGCAUCCUUCUCUAGCCGUGCCCUGCGCAGCACGUCUCCCCCAGUGGGGUCCCCACAGCUGCCCACCCUGGCCCCUCCUGGGGGCUGAAAACCCUCAAACCCAGGGCCCUGACCCUGGCUCCUGCCCUCACCUGUAGUCCUGGAGCCAGGCGGCCCAGCGGUCCCGGUUCUGGCUCUGCAGCUCAGCUGGGCUCAGCAGUUCUAGCCGGGCACGCUGCUCGCUGCGCUCCAGCUCCCGGGCGACAUUGGCCUGCCCGCCCAGGAGGGUGAGGAGCUGGGGGUUGGACUGCGCCAGCAUGAGCAGCAGGGAGAGCUGCCUGGGGCAGGUGAGGGCAGUGCCAACUGAGUGGAUCCCAUGCUGCCCCACCCAGGCCCCCGCUGCUCCACACACCCCUCAGUCCCACAAUAAACACCUUCCUGCCUGA